AUGGCUCGCCGAUAUCAUAGCAAUUGCCGGAGAGCCAAGAGGAUGAUCAUAUGUGGCGUUUUCAGUAUACAACCACAGCUCUUGGAAGCCACACCCAAUGCUGUCAUUUGCGCUAUCAAGCCCAAACAGCAUGUAGACGCCAAGUUUAACAUUCUAGGAUACGGCGACACUGGCGAGCAUUUGGCCACCUUGGCCAGCGAUCAAUACCACCGCUUUCUUAAUGCGCAAGGAACAUAUAUUCCGACAUCACACGGCUUCGGCGUCGAACUAACACAGCGACAAAGCACCAUGUACUGUAUCGGAAAGAACCCGAUCCGAUACGCCUUCUGGUCGAUCGCAAACGCUGAUUCCUUUAGACACUUCUGGCAUGCUCCCUGCUGA